AUGUGGUCAAUAUUGACAGAGCUUUUCUAUCAUGGCUGUCUCGUCGAGGUGUUCUUCCCGUCGCCGAGCUUUGGCGGUUAUGGAAUCCUUUACAUCAAUCCAAUUUAUGAGUUUAGUGCAAGUACAUUAUUUACAAUCGGAAUGCUAAUCGUGUCAAACAUGAUCGUUUCAACAUUUCAAUGUUUCCUUUAUCGUCAUCAACUUCUUCUGCAUGAUGGUCAUUGGUUAAAAUUUUCCACAUGGAAAUGGUCGUUGAUCAUCGGUUUUCACUAUAUCACAAUCGUCCCAUCGGUCCUCAUUUGUCUCAAUUCAUUUCCGAUCGAUCGGGCGACGAAUUUGAAUGCAUCGAUGAAGUUGUUAGAGGAGUAUCCAGAGUAUGCAUUUGUUGCCAAUGAUCCGAACAUUUGGAUAGCCGACACGUCACUUCCCAUCUUUCCACCAAUAAUUAAUUUCUCUGGCGUGGUUGGCCUUUGUAUUAUCUCGUCUUUCUUUGCUCCAGAGAUCGGAAUUGUGGUAACAGCGGCGAUUUUCCAUUCAUUUUAUCUACUCAACGGAAACGGUCUCGUAAUGAGUGCAAAGACGAGAAGCCUUCACAAGAAGCUCUGUAUCUCGUUAGUUGUCCAGAUGGGCCUUCCCUUUACUCUUCUCGUUUUUCCACUCCUUCUUUAUGUCUUCCUCUUAUCAACAGACACAAUGAUAUCACAAGAAUGGCUGAAUGGAAGCAUGGGUCUUGUUUUAUCUCAUGCAACCAUCUCAUCGGUGUUGAUCUGUGUCUUCACCGAGCCCUAUCGCUUGUUUUUGGGCAAAACGGUGAAGAGAGUAGUGAGAUCGAUAAAAUGUCGUUCAAUCCGAGUUUCACAGCAAGAAUCGGCACGAAGAACGGUCACCCAAACCACAGGCAUCAUCUGGUUACAU